AUGUGGAGAGUCCGGAAAAAGGGUUACUUUGGGAUUUGGACAUUCCUUUUAAUAAUAGCUGUGGUCUGUGCACAGAGUGCCAAUGACCCUAGCAAUAUGUCACUGGUUAAAGAGACGGUGGAUAGACUGCUGAAGGGCUAUGACAUUCGUCUGAGGCCAGAUUUCGGAGGUCCUCCCGUGGCUGUGGGCAUGAAUAUAGACAUAGCCAGCAUAGAUAUGGUAUCGGAAGUCAAUAUGGACUAUACCCUGACAAUGUACUUUCAGCAAGCUUGGCGAGAUAAGAGGCUGUCAUAUAAUGUAAUACCUUUAAAUCUCACGUUGGACAAUAGAGUAGCAGAUCAGCUCUGGGUACCUGACACGUACUUCCUGAACGACAAGAAGUCAUUUGUGCACGGGGUGACUGUCAAGAAUAGGAUGAUCCGUCUGCAUCCUGAUGGGACUGUCCUUUAUGGCCUCAGAAUUACAACUACAGCUGCCUGCAUGAUGGAUCUGCGCAGAUACCCUCUGGAUGAACAAAAUUGUACCCUAGAGAUUGAAAGCUAUGGCUAUACAACUGAUGACAUUGAAUUUUAUUGGCGUGGAGAUGAUAAUGCAGUGACAGGAGUGACAAAGAUAGAAUUGCCACAGUUCUCUAUCGUUGAUUACAAACUGAUUACCAAGAAGGUUGUUUUCUCAACAGGUUCUUACCCCAGGCUGUCUCUCAGCUUCAAGCUCAAAAGAAACAUUGGAUACUUCAUCUUGCAGACCUACAUGCCCUCUAUUCUGAUUACUAUUCUCUCAUGGGUUUCCUUCUGGAUUAACUAUGAUGCCUCAGCAGCACGAGUAGCUUUAGGAAUUACCACUGUACUUACAAUGACAACCAUCAAUACUCAUCUUCGAGAAACACUCCCCAAAAUUCCUUAUGUGAAAGCCAUUGACAUGUAUCUUAUGGGGUGCUUUGUCUUUGUGUUCAUGGCACUGCUGGAAUAUGCACUGGUCAACUACAUCUUCUUUGGUAGGGGACCUCAGCGCCAAAAGAAAGCAGCUGAAAAAGCUGCCAAUGCCAACAAUGAGAAGUUACGCAUGGAUGUCAACAAGAUUUUUUAUAAAGAUAUUAAACAAAAUGGGACCCAAUAUCGAUCUCUCUGGGACCCUACUGGAAACCUCUCCCCAACUAGACGGACUACCAAUUACGAUUACUCUCUGUAUACGAUGGACCCCCAUGAAAACAUCUUAUUGAGCACUCUCGAAAUAAAAAAUGAAAUGGCCACUUCAGAGGCUGUGAUGGGACUGGGAGACCCAAGAAGCACCAUGCUGGCCUAUGACGCCUCAAGUAUCCAGUACCGGAAAGCUGGUUUGCCCAGACAUAGCUUUGGCCGCAAUGCUCUGGAGCGACAUGUAGCACAGAAGAAGAGUCGACUACGGAGACGUGCCUCCCAGCUGAAAAUCACCAUCCCUGACUUGACUGAUGUAAAUGCCAUAGAUCGAUGGUCACGUAUAUUCUUUCCUGUUGUUUUUUCCUUCUUCAAUAUUGUCUAUUGGCUUUAUUAUGUGAACUAA